AGACAAGUAAUAGUACGAUUCUUUUGAUCUGCACACCGCCACCCGAUUUUGGCUCGGAUUAAGUCCGAAAAAUGGCAGACGUAGAAACUGUUGUUGGUGAAGAAGUUACAUGUGCAUCCUUAUUGGAGAGCUUGCAGGAAAUCUGGGAUGAAGUAGGCGAGACCAACGAGGAACGGGACAAAGUACUCCUUCGAUUGGACCGAGAUUGCUUGGAUGUAUACAAGAGAGAAUUUGACCAGGCUGUGAAAUCUAGGGCUCACCUUCUUCACACUUUGGCAGAUGCUAAGGACAAACUCACCAAUCUCCUAUCACUCCUCGGAGAGAAAACCUGCGUUGGGAUCAUUGUUCUUCCUCAGCCUGAGAUUACAUCGGGAACGAUCAAAGAACAGCUUGAAGCUAUAGCUCCGGCUUUGGAAAGACUUUCGAAGCUCAGGGAUGACACGAUAAAAGAAUUCUACCAUGUUCGAGUGGAGGAAGAUCCACCCCCUUCGCCUCAAGGAAAGGGCGUUUCUAACACUCCGUGUGAAGGCAAGAAGAACUAUUCGCUGGAGGAGACGAAAUUAUUGGCACGCAUCUAUGCCAACAUCUUUGAAGACCCGUUGGUUGGAAGCAUGCCAAAGAGCCAGGUUUCAUGGGGAAAGAUCGCGGAAAAUUACAACGGUAUGAAGCCAGAAUGGGCACUAGAGCGAGAUGGCAGCGGUCUCCGCCGUCACUGGGGCAGGGUGCAGGAAGACCUCUCUAAAUUCACGGACCACGUCACCAAUUUGCACAAGGCACGGCCGAGUGGCACAAGCUGGGAUGAUGUUCGAAAGGGGGCUUUAAGGGCUUUUUAUAAAGAGACGAAAAAGCAAUUCAAGUACGAGGACGUGUGGAAAAUCGUUCAGAGAGACCUCAAGUUAUUCGGAGAUGCUUCAUCUGAUUCAAAAAGAAAGAAGCUCUCUACCUCCGGCAGAUGCUCAACAAGCGGGAACGCUUGUACUGAUCCCAUCGAUUUGGAUUCGAGGAGGACAAGGGAGAGUUUGCACGUAGAGUUGGCACCGUGUGGGAGUCGUCCCAUGAGUCACAGAGCGGCAAAGAGGAAGACGAAUGAAAAGGCGAGCAGUGCUGAGGAGAAGUUUCUUGUCUUGUCCGAAAAAAUGGGUUCGGUCGGAGAAGCAAUUAUGAUCAAGUCGUAUUUAAAAGCACUUGAAAAAGACACAUCGAGGAUGAGCGAUACCAAAAGGCUACAACAUGAAGCUGCAGUCAAGUUACUUGCGUGCAAACUUGGAUUGGUGUAAAUUUUUAUUUUGAAUGAAGUAAUUUUAGGACUUUAAAUUAUAUUAUUUCCUGCAUUUAAAUUA